GAUCCGCAGCAGUUCCUAUAUCAAAAUAAAUAUACUAAUACAGCUGAACACGUAUAAAAUUGAAAUCGGCGUACUCGGCGUAGUCCGUACUCGUCAUUUUCCAUAUGUCUAUAAGUUAAUGCUGCACUUGAUUGAGUUUUGUAAGGGCAAUUCGAAUAAAACGUAACUUGUAGCAUAAAAUUGACGCAUUGAAUCACUAGUUUGGUUUUUCAUUCAUUGAAUUUUAAAGAAAACAAAACAAGAUGACUACAGCUGAUUGGGAUGAAGUUAAAAGGCUAGCUGCAGAUUUUCAAAAAGCACAGCUUAGCAAUGCAUUACAAAAAUUAUCCGAACGAAAUUGUGUUGAGAUCAUUAUGAAACUAACUGAAGACAAAUUACUUAAUGUGAUUUUUACUAAUGAUGGUAAAGAAUAUGUAACUCCUCAACACUUAGCACAAGAAAUUAAAGAUGAGCUUUUUGUGCAUGGGGGAAGAAUAAAUUUGGCCCAAUUAGCAAAGAUUUUAAAUGUUGAUUUAUCUCAGAUUUCUAAAGCAAGUGCUGAAAUUGAAAAACAUGACAGAGGCAUCAAAAUAUUAUUAGGACAAUUAAUUGAUAAAACUUAUAUAAAUAAAAUUUCUGAAGAAAUCAAUGACAAACUUAAUCAAAAUGGCUUUAUAAAUGUUGUUGAUCUUACACUCCACUAUGAUUUACCAGCUGAUUUUAUUCAAUCUACAAUUGAAAAAGAAUUGGGAAAAACAAUUUUUGGUAAACAAGAUUCUCAAGAUCCAAAAUUAAUUUACAAUCAAGAAUAUAUAGCCAGAAAUGAAGCCAAAAUAAGAGGAGCUCUUUCAGCUUUAACGAGACCAACACCAAUUUCUGCUAUUUUAGGACAGUGUGCAGUUCCAGAAAGAAUAUUUUUUUCUAUUAUGGAAAAUCUUCAAGAUAAGAAACAGAUUCCAGGUGUUGUGAGUGGUAAACAAGGCAGUAAUAGUAUUUAUGUACCUACAAUAUAUUCCAAGGGUCAAUCUGAGUGGGUUGAUAGUUUUUACAGACAAAAUGGUUAUCUUGAAUACGAUGCCAUGUCCAGAUUGGGUAUUUCUGAUCCUAAAAAUUUUGUGAAACGUCAUUUUCCUGAUGAAAAUCUCAUUUAUUUAGAUUCUGUAGCAGUUGGUUCAAUAAUAAUUGAUCAAGUAAAUGCAAAUAUUGAAGAAGUAGUUGCAACUGGCUCUUUUACAGAUAUCUAUUCGCUAUUGCCAUCAGUUUUUAGUCCUUGUGAUGCAGAAUUACUGUUAAAAGAAUCUUCUUCAAGAAUGAAAUCUUUUAUUCAUAUAUUUUCUUCUACAAUGAUUGUGUCUGAUGCUUACUUGCAAAAAAUCCAGAAAAAUUUGGAAGUUUUAUGUGAUAACAAGGCCAAGGAAGCAGUUGAAAGUGGAAAAUGGCUUCAAUCUGUAGUUGAAAACAAAAUAAAAUCAAAGGCAAUGGAUAUCAUCGACACUAAAGCAGAUCGAAAAUCUGAGAGAAGAAAAAAAGCUACUGGAGGAAAAACUGGUGGAGGUAGCCAAGGCAGAGAAACAAAAACAAAAUCGACUAAAAAAAAAUAUCAACAAAAUAAACAUCAAGACAUUGAGUCUGAUGACGAAAAUCCUGAAAAAGUGAAUGGUAAAUUUGAUCUCAUAAAUAUUGAUGAUUUAAAAAUUGAAUUGAGUAAAGAUGAAAAUUUAAGAGAUAUGGAAGAACUAAUAGACGAAUUAGCCAUUCAUUUUCUAAAGGGAUUGAAUAAAACUGCUGCAUCAAUUGCAGAGCAGUUGUCACAGAAACACAAAACAACAAACUUAAGUGAAGUAGAGGAAAAACUUAAUUCUUUUGUUACAACUAUUAGAGUUUAUGAAAGAGGAAUUAAAUGUUUGGAAAAAUCAAUUCAAGAACCAAUGGUCAAAUAUCUGCUUAAAACACUAGGUGCUGACUUUGUUACCGAAAUUUUUAAAUUAUCCGCUCAACAAAAUGUUAUACAAUGUCCUCCAAACUUGAGCACUGAAGUCAGACAUAAAAUGCUUCUAGAAUUACCUAAAGAUGUAAGAGAGCCAUUGAGCGAACUACAUAAAGUUGUUGGUGGAAAUUCAGUAGAAAAUUUUAUAAAUUCUGUUGAACCAGCUAUGGCUGCUUGUUGUUUAGUACUCAAAAAAUAUGAUAAGAAAAAAGAUAGAGCGAUUGUGGUUGGUCACCGAGAAGCUAUGUUGGAGCAAUUAAAUUGUACACAAGAUCCUGCACUAGCUUUGCACUUAACAACUGCUAUACUAUUCAUAGCUACUACUCAAAAUGCAUUGCACAUGUCUGGAAGACAUGUUUCUACAAUUCUCACUUUUUUGCGUCCUCUUUUGAUUGAAGCCACUGGUGUUACACUCUUUAAAUAUCAUGAUUUGGUACUUCAAUUUUUGAGUUCUUCUGAUCAAGAUGUCAAAAGAAGCUUGCAAAAUGAAUUGGAAGAAAAUUUAGCACAAAUUAAAAUAAUUGCCAAUGAUUAUAAGAAGCAAAUAAAGGAUGAUAAAGUUCAAGAUUUUUGAACGAAAAUGCGCGUGUAUA